AUGACCAAGAAACUGCAUUACUUCAACAUUAACGGACUUGGCGAGUCUAUCCGAUACUUGCUCCACUACGCCGGUGAAAAGUUCGAGGAUAUUCAAUACGAUUUUAAGUCCUGGCCUGACAAGAAGGUCAAAGAAUCGCUACCGUAUGGUCAAUUUCCUUUAUAUGAAGAAGGCGAUGCCAAAUUAACUCAGUCGCUGGCAAUUGCUCGUUAUAUUGCUCUAAAAGAAAACCUGUUGCCACCUGACCCUUGGGAACAGGCUGUGUUGGACAGUUUUGUGUUCACCAUCUACGACUUUUGGUCAAACGUUCUACCUUUCAUUAAGGAGCAAGAUCCAGCAAGAAAAGCAACCAUUAAGAAGAAAAUUAUUGACGAUAACAUAGAUUUCUAUUUCUCUAGAUUUGAGAAACACCUGAAAGAGAAUAGGGGACACUUUGGUGGAAAGUUGACCUGGGUUGACUUUGUAUUUGUUGGUAUUAUUGAAUCAGCCCACCUAUUCCUCGAAAUAGAAAUUGAGAAAGAAUACCCCACCGUGGGCACGCUGGUCAAGGAAGUUCUUAGAUUGCCAGGAGUGAAAGAAUACGUCGCGACCAGGAAACCUUACGUACUUUGA